AACGUUGGUAACUCGGAAAUACACGGGGAAUCCCCAUCUUUCCCAUUUUUCGUGUAUGCAUGUCUAUGACGCAGGAUGCACACGUGAUUCGCUGGGUCGAUUUGGAUAUUAUUUAGCUCAAGCGUUACAACAAUUCUAAAAACUUGGAAUCAUGAGUGAUAUAACCACGGAUGGAGAAACAGUAGUUUCCUCUGCAUCUCAGGAAAGUUUGGAAAUUGAUACGAAUCGUCAAUUUAGAAUGGAACUCAGCUGUCCGUUCACUUGGGACAUGGAGGAUACUAUUAAAAAUCGAAUUAAAAUACUGGACACAAUCGAAUAUCGUUUGGAAACUGUUACUGAUAUACAAGACGAUUUUCCAGAAUUUGUAGUGAUAUAUCAUCUUUUGCUAGUGUACGAAAAUACAUUAAAUGAUGAGCUGUCGGCUGCCACCCAAUGCAUUAUGGAUGCUGAAAAGUGUUUGACAGAUAUUAAAGAAAAGAAAACACUUGUAAACGUAGAAAACGUUUUACAACAUAUUUUAAUUGGAACGAAAUACCAUGUGCUCAAGAAGCUGGAACAGUUGAAAGAAGCGAAUGACCUUUUGAAGAGGAUUUGUCCUAUUGAUGGCAUGAAUAACGUGGAAUUGGCUAUGUUGAAUGGAUGCAAGUGUUUAGCCUGGUCACUGUAUAAUGCAACCGAUAAAUUGGAGGCGAUAACAUAUGCACAGAAAGCUAUUGAAUACGAAACUGACAAUGGCAAAUGGUAUUUUUUGUUGGGAAAAAAUUACAGAAGAUUGAGAAGGAGGGAUAAUUCUCUAGCUAACUGGCCAAAUCAACAAGAAGCAAAAGCCUUCGAGACAGCUUACAAAAUUUCAAAAAGAGUUUUGUUCGGUGUAUCUUUGGCUCAAAUGUAUCGAGAGUCUGGAAACUACGAUGAAGCUAAUAAAAUCUAUGAGCAAAUUUAUGCUCUUAAACCGAAUUGCACCAAAGUGCAACUGCAAUUGGCCCUUGGUUUUAUACGAAUGAAAAAAUGUCGAUUGGCAAAAAAUUGUUUGGAUUUUGUAGCUGAAAAGAUGCCUAACUCUCCGGCAUAUGCACACUACAUGGGUAUAUAUGAGGAAAAGUGCAACAGAAAUUUUGAAGCUGCCCUUCCAUAUUAUACAGCAGCAAUACAGGGCACAAAUUUUGCGGCAGAGUGCCAAUACAUGAAAUGUAAGAAAAUCGUUGAAGGUGUUUGGGAUCCACUACCGUACAUGUUGGAAUUGUUGAAUAAAUACGCACAAGACUCUGAUCAUGUAAAACAACAGAUAAACAUUACAAUUGGAUCGCAUUAUCUCUUUGAAAUGCAGGACAUUUUAAAUGCAUGUCAAUAUAUUACCAAUGCUAUAAAAAUUAAACCAAAUGCUAAGGCACUAAGGGAACAUUUUGAUUUAUUCCGUGGAUACAAAGUGAAUAUAUACCAUGUAUUGGCAAAAGAAAUUGCAUUCGUAAAACAAACCAAGUCGACAAUUUUCAGUGAUGAUGAAAUGGAAAUAUUGAACGACACAGUGCAGCUCUGUAAUAGGAAUUGUAAAGAUUUACCUUCAAUCUCUACAUCUGAAUUACACACGUCGAGUCAACCAACGGCAAAGAGCUUCCACGAUUAUCAUCGAGGUUCUGUCAAUGCGAAAGGGAAUAACAGAAGUGAAAGAGGUCGUACAAAUCGAGGCUCUGCACCAAAUGUUACUCCGAGGUGGCCGGCUCGUGACACCCAAAAUUAUGCCAGAGGAUUUCAUCAAGGUUCUGUGAAUGCAGAAGGGAUUACCAGACGUGGUCGUACAUCAAAUCGUGGCUCUAUACCCAAUCAUAUUCCGAGAAAUGUUGAUAAUACCCAGGGGCGUGCUCAAGGAUGCGGGAGGACAAGCCGUGAGUUGCAGAGUAACCGAGGCAGUUGUAAGGAAUCGCAUUCGUUGAGUGCAUCCAGAAAUACAGGAGGGUCCGGAUUCACAAAUCGUGAGCAAGGCGUGCAAAAAAUGAGAUCUGUAAGUCAUAACGUCUCAUUGUCAGACAACGAUGGUGAAGCAAUGGUAUCGUGUUCCCUUGUGAGAACCUUUAAAAAUCUAGAUAUGCAAAAGUGAGUUUACCUCACGGUAAUCACUUUGAACGUUCGGCUGAAAUCAUGAUGUAAAUCAUUAUUACGAAUUCUAUGAAAAUAUUUCAGGUUGAAUUCUUUAACGAACAAAGUUAUUUCGUGUGUAUAAAAUAUCAUGCUCAGCAAAUAUCUGAAUCUGAAAAAGUUUCAUACUGUUGAGUAUUAUGUUUUGUUUCUAAUAUCUAUUUUUACUGAAGAGUGUUUAUUUUGUAAGAUAAAUUUGAAAGUGUAUCGUUAAUAUUCAUAUAUUUUCCUGUGGAGUUUUUUUAUUAAUUAAGAGAGAAAAAAAAACAA